AUUAUCACAGCAUUUACCAAGUGAAUCCUUUAGGAGGAUAUUUGAAUCAUCUACUGGUUUGUUAAGUAUGGAGCUACCAAGGCGUAACAACGGCUUCCGCAAGGUUGCCAAGUGGAUUGUUGGUGCCGCUGUUGUGGCAGGUGCUAGCCAUGGUAUUGUCAUGGCCCAAGAGGAGACACCAAAAAUACCGGAAGUGCCAGAAGAGAUGGAGACCAAGACAGAAGUCCCUGAAGUACCAGAAGGGAAGCAGACCAAGACGGAAGUAACUGACGCACCAGAAGAGAUGGAGACCAAGACAGAAGUCCCUGAAGUACCAGAAGGGAAGCAGACCAAGACGGAAGUAACUAAAGGAAAGCAGGCUAUAAAACUAUCAGGGUGGUCUACAUUCAGAUCACGACCUGACUCAGGAUGGUAUGUAGAUACAAUAAAGCCAGCAAAGGGUCCUUUACCUGACAUUCUAACCUUUCAUCAAAGGAACCCACUUGAUAAGAUGCACUUAAAGAAAAACGACGAUAAAAAAAAGAAGCAACAAAGUGACAACAGUACUCCAAAUUAACAAGACAACACAUGGAUUUAUUCAUAGAGAAUAU